CGGUGGGUUUCUUUCUUUCUCGCACUGAGUACUGAGUAGUACUACUAAAGACUAGUGUCUCGUUUGGAGCCGAAAAACACCUCAUUCACUGUGCCGCGCGAUCUGCAAUUUUUCCACCGUGACUCCGCUCUUCUCCGUCCACCGCCACCAUGAAGCUCGUUAGGUUUCUCAUGAAGUUGAACAACGAAACUGUUUCAAUCGAGUUGAAGAAUGGUACUAUUGUUCACGGCACCAUUACAGGUGUUGAUAUCAGUAUGAAUACACAUUUGAAAACAGUCAAGCUAACUCUAAAGGGGAAAAAUCCAGUUACUUUGGAUCAUCUCAGUGUAAGAGGCAACAACAUUCGAUAUUAUAUCCUUCCCGACAGCUUGAAUCUCGAAACUUUACUGGUUGAAGAGGCUCCUAGGGUCAAGCCUAAGAAGCCAACUGCUGGGAAGCCUCUGGGGAGAGGACGGGGGCGAGGACGUGGACGCGGUCGUGGUCGCGGCCGUUAAAUCGUGUAUCACAAGUUUUAUGGAUUUGGUUGUACCUUUAUUGUAGGGAAAUUUUCUGUGCGGUUUGAAAGACAUCAACUGAGUGUUAUUGUUAAUUAGCUGUGGAGUGUUAACGAUGUUAUUUUCUGACAUAAGUGCUUUGUAGAUCUAGUUUAUAAUCCCUAAUGAGUAAUGUCAGAUGCCAAUCAACUGAAAGAAGUUGCCUACGCAGGCAACUAGGUUAUAAGGAAUCGUUUAUCGGCUGCCUUGGUAAUGGAAUGGUUGUGUUAAUUUAA